CUAAAUAAAUCUAGGGUACCAUACCCACUAAACAAGCACUUGCUCAUUUCAAUUCAAAUUGAUCACAAUCACAGUGUCGAUGGCUGUAGAUUGGAGCUCCGAGCGGUGGCUAAAGAGCUUAAACGACGCCGUACAGCCCAAAGAUCCGCCGUGCAUUCUCCUCUCUCGACCAUGGGAAUCGAUCCCUUCCGAAAGCGGACCUUCUAGAACCCUCUCCUCAAUUCCUCAGCCUCCUUCGUUAUACGACACUUCCACUCUCUCCGAGGCUAGUGUAGUGAGAUUAGCAAUUAACGCAUUACAAGGCGUUGAAUCUGCUCUUGUAAGUAUCAAUAAGAUCUGUACAUUGUUCUUUUCUGAUCCAGCUGACAGGACUUAUCAUCGAAUCCCAAGUCUCUGGAACCGAACUUUGAGUACAGUGGCUUUAGGAAGGAUACUUAAAACCAUAUGCCGUUCAGGCUAUAUUGUUUAUCAACUUCUCCGAUUUGUUGAUUAUUUCAAAAUUAUAGAGUUCAACAAAGAUAUAAGGGAACAGAACGGUUUAAAGUUUGAUGAAAAUGCUUUGAGGGAAGCUGGAGAACGUCCUCUGUACAGUCUUGUUAAUCAGGCAUUCGCGGUUUCUGUUGGUAAGAUUUUAGAAGGCUAUACAUCUGCUCUCGAUACAUUGCAUGCCUCUGCGACUAUGAGACGUUCAUCAAAAACUUUUGAUAUGUCUUCGUGUGCUUCUCCUGGGGUGGGCUUGCUCACAAGUGUUGCUCAUUCUGAAGUCACACUUUUAGAGGUUUACCUGCACACUGAAGGAUUACGGACUCAGAUCGAGGCUUUAGGAAACAUCUGCAAUAUACAUGAUGUAGAUCUCUGUCUUUCAGCAUCGUGUUUGGAAGAGUUAGGCAGUGAAAGAAAGUUCACUGACUUCCCUAUCGGUGGAGAUUUACUUACCUAUUUGUAUAUCCAGCUCAAGGUCUCUGACCCAGUGCAUAGCGGCGUGCUCAAAUUUCUUUUUGUUCGAUCAUUUGAACCAUACUCUGAGUUCAUUCGAUCAUGGAUAUAUGAAGCUAAAUUUAGUGAUCCUUAUAAUGAGUUCGUAGUGGAAUAUCCUGAAAAUCUGUCGCAUUUUGAAGUGAGCAGCACUGGAGUCUCUGCUGACUUUGCCUUAGCCACCAUCAGGGAACAAGGCGUUGCUGUUCCUUGUUUUCUAAAAGAUAUAUUGGUUCCACUGUAUAGAGCUGGUCAGCAACUUCAGGUACUGAUGAAAGUGCUCGAGUUGUCUAAUACUGUUGGUGCAUGGGACAAUGUAUACGAGGAUUUUCUACCCUUUUUGAGGGGUUUCUCAAGCGAUAUUUUGUCUGAUUCAUCUCCACUGACUUUCAAAAAAGGAGACUUAGAAUCUUUGGUACUUUCAAGGAACAAUUGCUACAACCAGAUGAUGGAAAAACUGCAAAGGCUUUCAGUGAAAUUAGAUCUUAGUUAUCAACAGGUUGUUCAAUGCAGAAUUCCGGCUAUAUCAGUUAAUAUCGGGGGAACAAAUCAAAACACUCCAGUAUCAUCUCUAUUGAAUGAGGAUAGUGUGAUAAAUUCAAACACUGUAAAUAAACAAACCUUGAAAGUGAGUGCUCUAGAUACUGAGGCAUCUAGCAUGGUAGAUGAGGAUUCUUACGUGCAGGUUCCCUUGGACUUUUCCGAUUGUUCAUCUGUUGCUAGCUCUGAAGAGCAAGAUCAGUCUGAUCAGUUGGUUGAGACUCCCGAUAAUUUUGUCAAUCUCGAGGAAAAAUAUCUAUCUGCAUUAUGUUUUUCAUCCAGUAUUGCACCGCAGACACUUUCUAGAGAUGAACUGUCAGGCAGUGUGGAAACUGACCAGGAAACUUAUAAACUGAAUGACACAAACAUGUACUUUCUACAUCGUCAAUAUGACAUGACAAACAAUGACAAACAUUUGCAUUUUAAUUUAAAAGCUUUGAGUUUUCCUUUGAUAUCUGGAACUCAUGAUUCUGAAAGGCAACAUGAUAUGAGCUUUCCAUCAGGCAGCCCUCCAAAUAUAUCUAAGGUUGUUUGUGAAGAAAAUAAAGAUAAAAGAAUGACACAUAUGCCUUGUAGUGGGGUGGAACAGAACAGGAGUAAAAUUCUAGAAACAGAUGAAGUCAGAUUAAAUUGCAGUGUGAUGUUAUCUAGAUAUGACUCAGAGGAGAACAUAACUAAGGGUCAACAUUUAAUUGGAACUUAUUCGUUACCAGAUUUGUCUAGCUCUGAAUCAUGGAAAGUUAAGUAUAAUUCAAAGUUUUUUUGUGCAAACCCAAUAGUGACCAGGCAUUAUUUAACUUACCAGACUUGCAUGCCUGAAGGAAAGGGCUCUACAGAAUCUGAUAGAGAUGUAUCAUCCUUCGACUUUACAUCUGUAAAAAACCCUUUCAGCCUACCUCUAGCGAAGUCACAUGGCAGUCCGAGACAUCAAAUGGGACAAAAACUUUUAAAUUUUAUUGAUCCUGUUUCUCCUGCCGUCUGUAGCACAACUGAUGUAUAUGAGAAAGAAGGCCGGAAAGGUGGUGCAUUUCUAGAUAGCAAAACUAAAUCAUCUGGAAUGGACCCCUCUCUACAAUGGACAGCAGAUGCUCAGGAAAAUGUUUCACAAACAACUGCAACUGGUGGGAGUGGUUGGCAGAGUCUGCUUAGUAGUUCCCAAAGCAUUGAUAAUAAAACGGGCAGAGAAUUUGCCACUGAUUUGACAGGAAUGCUUGAUAUACCAUUGGAUUUUGUCAUUGAGAAAUGCCUCCUGGAGGAGAUCUUACUGCAAUAUCGAUAUGUGAGCAAGCUGACAAUCAAAGUUCUUGAAGAAGGAUUCAAUUUGCACGGACAAUUAUUGGCUCUGCGUAGAUAUCAUUUUAUGGAAUUAGCCGACUGGGCAGAUUUGUUUAUAAUGUCUCUUUGGCAACAUAAAUGUUAUGCUACAGAGGCAGAUAAGAGAAUAUCAGAAAUCCAGGGAUUACUUGAGUUGUCUAUCCAGAGGUCUUCAUGUGAGAGAGACCAUUAUAGAGAUCGGAUAUACUUGUACAUAAAAAAGGAGAAAAACAUGUCGCUUUCUGCAUCUCCAGCUGGUGGAAUACAGUCGUUCAAUUACUUAGGUUUGGGUUACAGAGUAGAUUGGCCAGUCAAUAUCAUUUUGACAUCCGGUGCUUUAGAAAUAUAUGCUGAGAUAUUUAGUUUUCUGAUGCAAGUAAAGCUGGCACAUUCUUCAUUAGCUGAGGCUUGGUACUCUCUGAAGCAGGAGCAUAUGCACACAAUUAAUCAGAAGGGUGGUUCUGGAUCACAUGAAUCAGAAGUUUCAGUUUUUAAUAUUUUUAUGAAACUGAGGCAGCAAGUUAAUCAUUUUGUAACAACAUUGCAGCAAUAUGUACAGUCACAGCUGUCUCAUGUAUCUUGGUGCAAGUUCGUACACUCACUAAAGAAUCAGGUCAAAGAUAUGAUGGAUUUUGAGUCGGUACAUAUGUCCUAUCUGAAUGAUUCACUCCAUAUAUGUUUCUUGUCUGAUGAAACAAAGGGCGUAUCCAGCAUCAUCCAAAACAUAUUGCAAUGUGCACUAGAUUUUAGAUCUUGUCUGGGUGGAAGCACUUGGCAAUGUGGAGUCGAAUAUGGAGAUUCUUCGAGUAAACUUUCCAAGACCAACAUGUCACAGGUCCAUAGCAUAAAGCGUGAGUUCUAUAAGAAUCUGAAGGACCUGUAUAUCUGUUAUCUUAAGUCACCAAAACAUGGGGAGUUCAGCCUUUCUCGUUUCUGGGAUUGUCUUAAUUACAAUGACUAUUACACAGAAGUAAUUGGUAAAGACAUAGGGCACCUCGCUUUCUCCGUAUAAACCUAUGCCGUGGAAUACCAAGUGAAGAAGUAAGAUCCCGAAGGGUAGUGAGGUUAGACCCCCUAGGUAGUGUAGAUAUGCCAUUUAGCAGGUCUACAUACUAUAGCUGGUUGUGAAGAUCAUAUAAUAAUUGAGUUUCACUGACGCAUGCUAUAAAAAGCUACUUCUCAAGCCUGAAUAACAUUUUUCGUCUGCUUCAAAUGAUGUUUUUAAAUGGGGAGAUUUAUCAGCUAGCAGGUAAUAAGUUUUGCUUCUUUCGACAAAUUGCAAGUUUGUGAUAGUGAUUUGACCAUGUGGGCUUUACAAUGGUUGUAUAUAUGUGUAAGAUGUUUGUUACAAUUUGUUUGGAACCCAUACUACAGUGAUGGUGAGGGUGAGGGAUGGACUAUGGAGUCUUGAAGAUAUGUAUGGUUUGUUGUGAUUAGUUAUCUUGUGUUGCUGGGGCUGAAAUCACGUAAUGUGUUGUAUAGUGAUUUUGUUGAAGUAUUGUAGGUUAUUCUGUAGAGCUGAUAUAUGCGAGAUUUUUCUAAAUUUCUAUGCUCACAUAAUUUGAUUUAUCAUUUAUCUGUAUUGAACAGAGAAUAAACCGUCACCUGGACUAUCCAAUCGCGCACAAUUUUAAAUUUUUUUGACAGCUUGUUUUCUCAACCUCCCAUAAAAGGGAUGGAGAAUGA